AUGAAGAGGUUAAAGACUGUCGAAACUCCGUUGAGCAACACCGCGGCUCCCCUCUACAAUGAGAAUCUUAAAGAGCUCUCGGUGAGCAGCAGUAGCGAGAGCAGUAGUGAGAGCGGUGACAGCGAAGCGGAUCUCCAGUUGGGCCUGGACCCUCCAGAAGCCUUGAGCAGGCUUAAAAUCGAGAAGUGGUAUACAGAUCAAAUCAGACCAGUCGAAAGUGACCCUGGUUGUGAGGCUCGGUGCGAAGAGGUGAGCUCAGUAUUAUCAGCAGCGUUAUCUGAGACCAUCAUGAGCAGCUAUAAGAAAAUCCUUCAUCGGCAACGACAGGAUGAGGAGAUCUCCGCUGCAGGCCGCUUGAAGUUGUAUACCCAUCAAAUAAGAGCUAUCGAGGCUAUAGCGUUGGAAGAGCGGAAUGUUUGCAUCUCUACAGCGACCAGUAGCGGCAAGUCACUAGCCUUCAAUUUGCCUAUCUUGAGCUACAUUGACAAGCAUCCCGACACUACAGCGCUCUACCUCUACCCCACCAAGGCCUUAGCUCAGGAUCAACUCCGUGUAUUGAAGCAGCUUGUCGAAGGGACCGACAUCGUCGUUACCACCCUUGAUGGUGACUGUGAUACGACUGCCCGUGAAGUGGCUAGGUCCCGAGCUCAAGUGGUGCUCACCAACCCCGACAUGCUCCAUUGCUCGCUCUUGCCUCAACAUAAGCGUUAUCAGCGACUAUUAGGCAACCUCAAGUUUGUCGUAGUGGAUGAGUGCCAUACUUAUCGAGGCAGCUUCGGCAGUCAUGUCGCUAAUGUCAUUCGACGGCUCCGGCGUGCAUUCGACUGGCAUCAGAACAAGCGUACUGAGACGGAGCGACGAGACUUGCGUUUUAUCUGUUGUUCCGCUACAAUCGGGAAUCCUUCUGAGCUCAUGGCCAAUCUAACAGGUCAUGACAUUGCUAACGGCAUUACAACAAUCGGUGUCGAUGCCGAUGGAGCUCCUCGAGGGCCUCGAUGGGUUGUUAUAUGGCGGCCCAACGACUACAGCGAGAAGAACGCCGGAAAAGCUGGGACAGAUGACGCUGUGAAGGAGACGUCCACGGGGUUCGUGGCUGAGACGUCCAAGCUGAUGGCGACCUUGGUCCAGAUGGGCGUUAGGACCAUAUGUUUUGCUCGGUACCGUCAAAUGGUUGAAAUAAUGCUCUCUCGAGUGAGAGCAUUGAUGAAGAAAGGCUCGGAAGAGCAAGUUGUGUCCUAUCGAAGCGGAUACACCCAGGAUUGUCGACGAGGCAUCGAGCAACAGAUAUUCUCGCAUCAAGUUCUGGGUGUGAUCUGUACCAGCGCGCUCGAACUAGGCGUAGACAUCGGCAGUCUUGACUGUUGCAUAUCUAUGGGGUAUCCGGGCUCGAGCCACAGCCUGCAACAACAGUUCGGCAGAGCUGGAAGGUCGGGCCGAGCAAGCCUUUGUAUACUCGUCUCCCGCGAGACUGACCCGAUCGAUCAAUGGUUUUCGGCCAAGCCCGAGCGUCUAAUGGAAACACUGGGGCAGGCCGAGGAUGCUCCCGUACAGUGGGACAACGAGCAAAUUCUCCCAAAGCACCUCCUAUGUGCUGAUAAUGAGGUAGAGUUCCGUACAGUCGACGAGGUGUUCAAGUAUUGGCCACCCCCAGUGGAUAAUAAAUUAAGGACAGAGUAUGAGAGUAUGAUCAAGAAAGUACGAAAGGAAUCGCCCUUCGUGAAGAAACCUCAUUCGAAGAUAAACCUCCGAAGUAUCGAUAAUAGAAGCAUUAAAGUGGUCACCCCAUCAGCAGAUGCUCGAGAGGGCGACAAGCAGAUAGAUGAUAUCGAUUACAAUAACGCAUUCUUUUAUCUGUACCCUGGAGCAACGUACAUGAAUCAAGGCACCGAGUACAGGAUAGUUGAUCUUGAUUUGCGCUUUGAUAGAGCAAUAGCUCGGCCGAUGAAGCAUGAAUAUUAUACCAAGAGUCGUGAUAUAACUGAUGUGCUUUUCUUGAACAUCGAGAAGGAAGCAUUCACACAAAUCCCCUAUAGACUAUCUAACGCGCCUGUGGAGGCUGAUGUACAUCUCCGAUUCGGUCGCGUGGAGGUUUGUACUGAAGUUUACGGUUACAAGAAGUUCAAUAAACAUACUGGGAGGAUAAUGGAGACAAUAGGGGGAUUGGGUCUGCCAAAAGUGAAGUACUUUACCAAGGCCACAUGGAUUGAGUUCGACAAACAGUUUGCUUUGCAGUGGGACGAAGGAGACUUCAGGGCAGCCCUUCACACAUUCAGCCAUCUAUGGUUGAGAGCUGUCCGUAUCCACCUACUGUGUGACCAGAGCGACGUCAGCACUCAAUGUCCAAGUGUUGAUGAUGUUCGGGAGAGGCCAUAUACAGCAGUCGUAUUUGACACCAAGAUUGGGGGUAUCGGAGUAGCUUUAGCAGCGUUUGGUCGAGUCCGGCAACUAUUAGAAACCGCCUUAGAGAUAGUCACCACAUGUGACUGUCUUGAUGAUGGGUGUCCAAAGUGUGUCCACCUCCCUACCUGCGGCUCGUAUAAUGACCUCAUCAACAAGCGUGGUGCAAUCAAGCUGCUCAGCGGUGUACUCAGACGAUGGACUGAUGAUACAUUUUAUGACGUUGCUCUCGGAGCUCUACUGCAUCCCCACUCCCCACCUCAGUUCAGUGAGCUGCUCGUCGAUGGUGAGAAGAACCUGCUGAAAUCUUCACCCGAUGCUAUACGGAUAGUUGACGGCCUCUACAGUGGAGCUCCCAAGCCAUCUCUCUUUUUGGCACAUGACGUUAUAGAGGGCAAUAGAAAGACUGCUUAUUUCCAAGCCUCUAAGCCCGGAGAUCCUCUCACUCUACUCGAACUUGAAUGCUGGAACAAAUUUUAUGUAUUCCCUGAUGGCAUUACGGAGUUCGAUCUGGCCUUCCCUACGUGGCCAGAUGCUGGGGGGACUACAUCCAAAUAUCGGAUUCAGCAGUCCGAUGUGGCGUCAGCGGCAUACAGCAUGCUCUAUGCCGGUUUACUUGGUGCUGAUGUAUCUCGGAAAAUGAAGGGAGGAGAAGGGAAGGAAAUCGAGCCUCCAAUGGAGUUUAAAUCCAAAUUCAACAAGGAACGACUUCGGGCUCGGUUUGCGGACAAGCCGGGGUUAGUGGGGAAGUACAUAGCGAGGAUUCUCUGUGCCCAAGACUUCCAGGAUACCCAUGCUCAUAUCGUUGCUGAGAACAAAACUGAAACACGAGCUGUGAUCACGGAGUUACCUGAUGUGUUGCGAGAGGCUGCAUCGAGAUCUCCCAACACUGACUGGGCCCCCAGCGCUACUUCCCUGGAAGUAAGUCUCGCAAUCGUUUGUCCGCAACAACUAGUGCGUUGGUGUUGGCUCCAACUCACUUUGACGAAUGGUAGGCCGCCGUAUCGUGCUUCCAAGCAAAGAAAGAAGAUUUGCAGCUGA